AGAAGAAACAUUUAUUGCCAUUCACUCUUUAGUUCUACAGUUGUUUGCAAGUUUUAGGAGUUAAAUUAAUAUUACAAAUCUUGUAGCUUUUUAUCUUAGUACUAGUGACUUCAAAAAAGAAAGAAAAAAUUGAAUUAAAAGUCUAAUUUGCGGUUGUCUUUUUGAGUCAUCGACUAAAAGAUUCUGUGAUUGUAGUGUGUCCUGUUUGUUUUCAAGUGUGUUGCGUCCAAGAGUGAAAAAGAGUUCGAGGUGAUUGCAAAAUUUAACGUCAAAAAAAUCCAAGGAACCUCUCAAUUUCUCAAACCGACUUCAUCUUCGAUCGAAAACUUUCAAGAAGAAUAUGAGUUUUAUCUCUCACCUGAAAAGCAAUUGGAAGUAGCUUGCUUUUAUUUGCCUUCUACGAAAUUAGCUGAUGAUUGAAAAUUGGAUCGCUAAAUUGACAACACAAAAGUUAUCGUUUUUUACCUAAAGUUAUUUUGUUCGAAAAGUUAUAUGGCUUCGGUUGUUGAAAAUUAGUCAAUCUUAUUUUUGAUUGUCAAAAUCUGAACAUUUAUUUGUUUUCCUUAUCUAGUUUGUAUUGCUUGUUGUCAAAGUUAAGAGGUUGUCUUAUUUUGAUUUUUCGAAAUUAAAGAGUCCCAUUAAAGAUUCUUCAAAGCGUUUUUUUUUUCACGGACAUUUGCUAUUCAUACUGUUUGUUACGUUUUUUUUUUACUGUUGUUCGUCAAUCAACGGUAGAAUAUUAUUAGUUAUAAUCUGUUAAGCUGAGGUAAUUUAUAAAUUUAUUACUAACUUACAACUUUUUGCAAGGUCUUACUGGUUUACUAUUACAAAUCAGAAAUUAACUCAUAAGCGAACAGCUGCGUUGAACUUGUUUUACCUUGUUAGUAAUUCAACUCGAUAGAAUUAAACUUUGGAUCUGUUUCUACCUGUGCCGAAGUAAGUAUUAACUAAUUGAAUUAUUAUACACCAAGUUCUCUACUUCGUCAAUUUUUCGAUCAAAACAUAACUCGAAGCUACUUUUGAGCCGAGCGAUAGCUAGUUACAUAAUAGAAUUAAGUAACUUUAACUUUAUUACCAACUCUUACAUCACUGAUCAGUAAUAUUAGGCCUGUACUGAUUGCUAGUUAUCCUCUCGAAUAAUAACAUUGGGGUCAAAAUUUGUGUUAAACCCCAAAUCGAUAUUGUAUGAAAUUUAUCUUGGUAAUCAAACUGAUUUGCAAUAUUAUUCACACCUUAGUUGAUGUUUACUCGUUAUUUACCUUGGGUAUUUACAGUGCAAUCACGAGCGAUAUAAACUCCUUGACAUCUUGAUGUUUGCCGUAUCCAUAUUAUGAAAAUAAAACUUCAUUCCGUACUAGCUUUUUGCGGACUGACAACUAUUGCUGCUGUUUAUUAUUGCUAUUACUUAGUUUCAAACAAGAAGCGAAAACAAAACGACUCCUUCAACAAAUCAAUUCAAAGUCAAAGUCAAGAAAAAUCCUCGUCCAAAAAUUCUUUCAUCAAUAGGUCAGAUUCUGAUCAUCUUAGUUAUUCAACUGCCCAUUGGCAAAUUAAGAACGAUUUUGAGAUUGCAGAGCCCCUGAAAACGAUAACAAAUAAAGACGUCAAUAACAGCAGAUUAGCUGAUUUACAACAAGUAAACAAAAAUUUUGACAUCGAUCGUAACUCAAAAUCUGCAAAGGAAGACGAUUCUAUUUAUCACCCUAUUGAAGAAGAUAAAAUUACGCCAAUUGAAGAUUGUGUUAACGAAGCAAACCCUGGUUUAAAUUUAUUGGGCGGUUAUUUUAAGUCACAAGAAAGUAUGUGCGACGAAACUAACGUUACGGUCAAUUCUGCUAACCCGGAAACAGAAUCAGUUAUGCCUUGUGAGCAGAUUAUUAACGUGAAAACAACCGAAAACAUGUCAGAUUUAGACGUGAAAAAAGUUCAGAGCAACGAAGUUUCGCCCAACUCCGACUUUGACGAAAGCAACAUUUCUUGGGCUUCUAUUGUAGAAGAAACUCUUAAAGAACACAGUGCUGAUACAUCUUACAGUAAUCCUUCAGAAAACAGUGUUUAUUAUGUUAACCCAAAAAGUCCUCUGAAAACUACACCCAAAAAAUCCCAACUGAAUAAUCAGCAGAAAAACUUAAACAGUGCUGAUUUAAGUAGAAAAUCAGCUUCGAAACAGGAGGCGAAACUUUCGUCCAAAACAGUUACGCCAAAAACUUCCGCAGUCAAAAAAUCGCAAUCACAGAUAACCUCUUCUAAACAACCUCCUCUAAUUUUCCACACUUCGCAAUACCAAAAACAAAUGAACAGUCAACAUGAAUUAAGUAAUAAUUCAGGAAAAGUAAACAGUUACUACACAAGCCAACACAAUAACAAUAACAACAAGCUGCAAACAAAUUCAAACUCCAGUUACCCAAAAAGUGCCAAAAAUUCUCAAAACAGAGACUAUAAAAAAGAAGAUUCAAGGUUACUUGUUGCUUGUGAUGGAAACCAGAACGGAAAUGUAAGUGACUGCUCGAACCAGGAAAACGAUCCGGAUUCCAAACGAAAAUCAAACUCGAAGAAGUCAAAUUCGCCUGGAAAUAAACACAACGCAUAUACUAAUGGUUCGGGAUCAGCUAAUGGUUACGGAGAUGAUCAUACCAUAUAUGGAGGGGCAGUUAAUGGUGUGAACAGUAAUGGAUGUUAUAAUGGGGGUUCGGAAAUUGAGCAGAUGGGAACAAUGAUGGAGCAGAUUUACUUGAAUGACCCUUCAGUGAUUUCCGUCAUCAGUCCCAAUUUCAGCGACCCUGACAGUGCAGUCAUUUCGUGUGGGGAGAGCAGUCUAACGUCUAUUACCUAUCUGCAAAACGGAAUCCCUUCUCCGAGCGAGGCUUCAACUGAUAGUGGAUUGAUGCGCAGUUCCGGAUCUCCGGAAUAUUUCAACCCGCCGCUGGAAGAAUACUUAUCGUGGGAAGUUGAGAUUCCGACGCACGUUGGAGGAAAGAUAAUCGGCAAGGCGGGUCGCAACGUGAAGGAGUUGAGGGAUAAAACGGGAUGCAAAGUGAUUAUUAAGGACAUCGAGAAUUCAAGAAGGAAGCAAUUGCUUGUCGUACGAGGAACACUGGAACAGAUCCAAGUAUGUCACCGACUGCUGGAAAAGAAGUUCCGGAAGGAGAUCGACUUCGAUACUGGACUCUUCUAUACCAUGGAAGGUUUGGCUGGGUUCCUCGGAUUCCCUAUGGCGCCCCAGUUCCCGACGGCGUCACCCGGUGGAGCAGCUGUAGUUGCGGGAGGUGUUGCGGCGGCAACAGGGGUAGCGGCGGGUCCGACCACCCAGAUUCUCCCGGCGGCACAUACCUACCUGCAGCUGCCGCAGUCUGCGUACUUUGACGUGUUGGUGUGCAGUGUGAAGACGGCUGGCCACUUCUUCCUGCAACAACCCACACACAACUCCUUCUUCAAUCUGGACAGACUGCAUGACUGUAUGAGGGACUGCUACUCCAACCCCACAGUCCCAGAGCUCCCGUACCCCAUCGCACUGGGCACUAUCUCGGCGGCGUUCUUGGACGGGAAGUGGUGUCGCAGUCAGGUGGUGGGAGUUACUGACGAUGAGAAUGUGAUCACAGUCCGAUUUCUGGACAUGGGAGGAUACAGGGAGAUGCCACGACACAAUGUCAAACAGAUCAGAACGGACUUUUUGAGUCUACCCUUCCAAGCUACCGAAGUAUUCCUAUCCGAGGUCACACCUCCAAACGACGAGCCAGACUUUAGUGCCGAGGCGACCAAAUUCCUGGAAGAACUCAUUUCCCAGAGCGGAACUCCCCAGGCAUUCCUGAAGGGCUGGAACAUGAGUGAUAUGCCUCUGGUCGAUCUCAUUGUGAGACGCGACGGGAAAUUCGAGAGUGUCGCCCAGAUACUCAUAGACCAUGGCUAUGCUGUACGUCUCGAGAUGGCAACUGUGUGAUGUAAUUCUUACGUCAUACAGACAUGUGCAACAUUGUGAUGUAAUGGUUACGUCACAAAGUGAUAUAUACAGGUUAUGACACGUGAACAGUGGAAAUUUCGCCCUGGACAUAUGACGUAAUCUGCUGUGACAAUGAGAAAAAACUUGCUUUAUGAUUAAGAAAAACUUUAUAUAUUAGAAAAAACUUGAUAUUAACUUAAACUUGGUUUUCUUUCCAAAAGUUUAAUGGAUGAUUCUGUGCUUUGCUGUACUCUUUAUAUCACGCUAUUUGAUGUUUAAAAGUGCUCCGUAUGAUUAUGAUGUUUAACUUGUCCUACUGAUGUUUAAACUAUAUAGAACUUGUUGUGGUGUGUUAGGUUAUUUCUAAACAAACCUGAUUUACUCUCGUACUUUUCGUUUAUUUCGUGUCUGAUAUUUUCAUGCUUAUGUGAGGGUGUUUUUAUAACUAACUGACUUACUGGUUAUGUUUAUUACUUUCUUUUUGUUUUCAUUGCAAAUAAGUUAAACCCUACAUUUUGGUAUUAUAGUUUGAUAUUAUGACUAUACUAUGGCUUAAAACGAUAUGUUGACCAUGCCAUUAUCGAUAAACGUUUUUUGCGAAAAUUUUGGCCCCAUUUCGCCUUUUUCUGAAAUUUACUAUUGCAUUAAAUUGGGCUAAAAUUUUGCGAAAAAGUCGGAUGACAGCAAACAAAACCUAUUAUUAUGAAAAGUGAAAUCAUUUAAUCAUUUGCUUCCAGUGUAUUACUUACUAAACGUGUUUUUAAGUGUACGAUGUUCUGUUGCUUUUUGUUGAAACUUGAUUAAAAGUAUA